AUGCUAGCAGGCAUGGAGGGUUGGGCGCGUAUGCUAGCAGAUAUGGAGGAGAAAGUGGGCGACCUCCUGCAACUCACAUUCGAGAGCUACAAGUCUCUCAGCGAGUCAUCCCCUUCAGGCAUCGCCGACUCCUCCCACUCCGCCACCCACCUGUGUUCCUCCCUGGGGCGAUCUCUGGUGGGGGCAGAGGCGGCAACACUGGUGGCGCCGGCUACUCCUCUGAGCCACUAUCCACCUCCCUGCACCCCUCUGUCCUUCCUACCCCAGGCGCGCAUGCUAGCAGACAUGGAAGAGAGAGUGGGCGACCUCCUGCAACUCACAUUCGAGAGCUACAAGUCUCUCAGCGAGGCUUCCCCUUCAGGCAUCGCUGAUUCGUCCCGCUCCGCCACCCACCUGUGUGCCUCCCUGGGGCGAUCGCUGGUGGGGGCAGAGGCCGCAGCACUGGUGGCGCCGGCUAUCCCCCCCGCUGUGCAACUGUUUGGGCUGCUGAACGACCUGCUGCUGCCAGAGGUGCAGCAGCAGUUCUGCGGAUACCUGCAGACAGCAGCGCGGCGGCGGUGCAGACAACACUUAUCAGAGACCGACGAAUAUGUCAACGGCACGGAGGUGCAGGCGGAUAUAGGCAUUCACAACCAACACAUCCUUCCCAGCUUCGUGGAUCUCCCCGAACUGACAGCCAGUGUGUACAUGGUGGAGCUGCAGAGGCGAAUCAACCAAUUCUUGCUGGCGGUGCCACCUCAGCACCCGCUGCCACAUGUCAAGAACCUGCUGCACGCCACUGCGGACGUGGAGGAUCGGCUCAUGCUGUGGGGCGUGGGCAAAGUACCUGGAGGCUUAGACGCAAGGGAGCUGUUCGGAGUGUACGUGGAGGCAUGGAUCAGAGAACGCACCCACACUCUCAUGGACGUCUGCCGAGCUCCCAAGUGUACGUGGAGGCAUGGAUCAGAGAGCGCACCCACACUCUCAUCGACGUCUGGCAAGCUCCCAAGGUGUGUACUGCCCCUACCUACUUUCCUCCUGCCCCUUACCUACUCUCCUCCUGCCCCUUACCUACUUUCCUCCUGCCCCUUACCUACUUUCCUCCUGCCCCUUGCCUACUUUCCUCCUGCCCCUUACCUACUCUCCUCCUGCCCCUUACCUACUUUCCUCCUGCCCCUUGCCUACUUUCCUCCUGCCCCUUACCUACUCUCCUCCUGCCAGUUGCCUACUUUCCUCCUGCCCCUUACCUACUCUCCUCCUGCCCCUUACCUACUCUCCUCCUGCCCCUUACCUACUUUCCUCCUGCCCCUUGCCUACUUUCCUCCUGCCCCUUACCUACUCUCCUCCUGCCCCUUACCUACUCUCCUCCUGCCAGUUGCCUACUUUCCUCCUGCCCCUUACCUACUCUCCUCCUGCCCCUUACCUACUCUCCUCCUGCCCCUUACCUACUUUCCUCCUGCCCCUUACCUACUUUCCUCCUGCCCCUUGCCUACUUUCCUCCUGCCCCUUACCUACUCUCCUCCUGCCCCUUACCUACUUUCCUCCUGCCCCUUGCCUACUUUCCUCCUGCCCCUUACCUACUCACCUCCUGCCAGUUGCCUACUUUCCUCCUGCCCCUUACCUACUCUCCUCCUGCCCCUUACCUACUCUCCUCCUGCCCCUUACCUACUUUCCUCCUGCCCCUUGCCUACUUUCCUCCUGCCCCUUACCUACUCUCCUCCUGCCCCUUACCUACUCUCCUCCUGCCAGUUGCCUACUUUCCUCCUGCCCCUUACCUACUCUCCUCCUGCCCCUUACCUACUCUCCUCCUGCCCCUUACCUACUUUCCUCCUGCCCCUUACCUACUUUCCUCCUGCCCCUUACCUACUCUCCUCCUGCCAGUUGCCUACUUUCCUCCUGCCCCUUACCUACUCUCCUCCUGCCCCUUACCUACUUUCCUCCUGCCCCUUGCCUACUUUCCUCCUGCCCCUUACCUACUCUCCUCCUGCCAGUUGCCUACUUUCCUCCUGCCCCUUACCUACUCUCCUCCUGCCCCUUACCUACUCUCCUCCUGCCCCUUACCUACUUUCCUCCUGCCCCUUACCUACUUUCCUCCUGCCCCUUGCCUACUUUCCUCCUGCCCCUUACCUACUCUCCUCCUGCCCCUUACCUACUUUCCUCCUGCCCCUUGCCUACUUUCCUCCUGCCCCUUACCUACUCUCCUCCUGCCAGUUGCCUACUUUCCUCCUGCCCCUUACCUACUCUCCUCCUGCCCCUUACCUACUCUCCUCCUGCCCCUUACCUACUUUCCUCCUGCCCCUUGCCUACUUUCCUCCUGCCCCUUACCUACUCUCCUCCUGCCCCUUACCUACUCUCCUCCUGCCAGUUGCCUACUUUCCUCCUGCCCCUUACCUACUCUCCUCCUGCCCCUUACCUACUCUCCUCCUGCCCCUUACCUACUUUCCUCCUGCCCCUUACCUACUUUCCUCCUGCCCCUUGCCUACUUUCCUCCUGCCCCUUACCUACUCUCCUCCUGCCCCUUACCUACUUUCCUCCUGCCCCUUGCCUACUUUCCUCCUGCCCCUUACCUACUCACCUCCUGCCAGUUGCCUACUUUCCUCCUGCCCCUUACCUACUCUCCUCCUGCCCCUUACCUACUCUCCUCCUGCCCCUUACCUACUUUCCUCCUGCCCCUUGCCUACUUUCCUCCUGCCCCUUACCUACUCUCCUCCUGCCCCUUACCUACUCUCCUCCUGCCAGUUGCCUACUUUCCUCCUGCCCCUUACCUACUCUCCUCCUGCCCCUUACCUACUCUCCUCCUGCCCCUUACCUACUUUCCUCCUGCCCCUUACCUACUUUCCUCCUGCCCCUUACCUACUCUCCUCCUGCCAGUUGCCUACUUUCCUCCUGCCCCUUACCUACUCUCCUCCUGCCCCUUACCUACUUUCCUCCUGCCCCUUGCCUACUUUCCUCCUGCCCCUUACCUACUCUCCUCCUGCCAGUUGCCUACUUUCCUCCUGCCCCUUACCUACUCUCCUCCUGCCCCUUACCUACUCUCCUCCUGCCCCUUACCUACUUUCCUCCUGCCCCUUGCCUACUUUCCUCCUGCCCCUUACCUACUCUCCUCCUGCCAGUUGCCUACUUUCCUCCUGCCCCUUACCUACUCUCCUCCUGCCCCUUACCUACUCUCCUCCUGCCCCUUACCUACUUUCCUCCUGCCCCUUGCCUACUUUCCUCCUGCCCCUUACCUACUCUCCUCCUGCCCCUUACCUACUCUCCUCCUGCCAGUUGCCUACUUUCCUCCUGCCCCUUACCUACUCUCCUCCUGCCCCUUACCUACUCUCCUCCUGCCCCUUACCUACUUUCCUCCUGCCCCUUGCCUACUUUCCUCCUGCCCCUUACCUACUCUCCUCCUGCCAGUUGCCUACUUUCCUCCUGCCCCUUACCUACUCUCCUCCUGCCCCUUACCUACUCUCCUCCUGCCCCUUACCUACUUUCCUCCUGCCCCUUGCCUACUUUCCUCCUGCCCCUUACCUACUCUCCUCCUGCCAGUUGCCUACUUUCCUCCUGCCCCUUACCUACUCUCCUCCUGCCCCUUACCUACUCUCCUCCUGCCCCUUACCUACUUUCCUCCUGCCCCUUACCUACUCUCCUCCUGCCCCUUACCUACUCUCCUCCUGCCCCUUACCUACUUUCCUCCUGCCCCUUGCCUACUUUCCUCCUGCCCCUUACCUACUCUCCUCCUGCCAGUUGCCUACUUUCCUCCUGCCCCUUACCUACUCUCCUCCUGCCAGUUGCCUACUUUCCUCCUGCCCCUUACCUACUCUCCUCCUGCCCCUUACCUACUCUCCUCCUGCCCCUUACCUACUUUCCUCCUGCCCCUUGCCUACUUUCCUCCUGCCCCUUACCUACUCUCCUCCUGCCAGUUGCCUACUUUCCUCCUGCCCCUUACCUACUCUCCUCCUGCCCCUUACCUACUUUCCUCCUGCCCCUUGCCUACUUUCCUCCUGCCCCUUACCUACUCUCCUCCUGCCCCUUACCUACUCUCCUCCUGCCCCUUACCUACUCUCCUCCUGCCCCUUACCUACUUUCCUCCUGCCCCUUGCCUACUUUCCUCCUGCCCCUUACCUACUCUCCUCCUGCCAGUUGCCUACUCUCCUCCUGCCCCUUACCUACUCUCCUCCUGCCAGUUGCCUACUUUCCUCCUGCCCCUUACCUACUCUCCUCCUGCCCCUUACCUACUCUCCUCCUGCCCCUUACCUACUUUCCUCCUGCCCCUUGCCUACUUUCAUCCUGCCCCUUACCUACUCUCCUCCUGCCCCUUACCUACUCUCCUCCUGCCCCUUACCUACUCUCCUCCUGCCCCUUACCUACUUUCCUCCUGCCCCUUGCCUACUUUCCUCCUGCCCCUUACCUACUCUCCUCCUGCCAGUUGCCUACUUUCCUCCUGCCCCUUACCUACUCUCCUCCUGCCAGUUGCCUACUUUCCUCCUGCCAGUUGCCUACUUUCCUCCUGCCCCUUACCUACUCUCCUCCUGCCCCUUACCUACUCUCCUCCUGCCCCUUACCUACUUUCCUCCUGCCCCUUGCCUACUUUCCUCCUGCCCCUUACCUACUCUCCUCCUGCCCCUUACCUACUCUCCUCCUGCCCCUUACCUACUCUCCUCCUGCCCCUUACCUACUCUCCUCCUGCCCCUUACCUACUUUCCUCCUGCCCCUUGCCUACUUUCCUCCUGCCCCUUACCUACUCUCCUCCUGCCAGUUGCCUACUUUCCUCCUGCCCCUUACCUACUCUCCUCCUGCCAGUUGCCUACUUUCCUCCUGCCCCUUACCUACUCUCCUCCUGCUCCUUACCUACUUUCCUCCUGCCCCUUGCCUACUUUCCUCCUGCCCCUUACCUACUCUCCUCCUGCCCCUUACCUACUCUCCUCCUGCCCCUUACCUACUCUCCUCCUGCCCCUUACCUACUUUCCUCCUGCCCCUUGCCUACUUUCCUCCUGCCCCUUACCUACUCUCCUCCUGCCAGUUGCCUACUUUCCUCCUGCCCCUUACCUACUCUCCUCCUGCCAGUUGCCUACUUUCCUCCUGCCCCUUACCUACUCUCCUCCUGCCCCUUACCUACUUUCCUCCUGCCCCUUGCCUACUUUCCUCCUGCCCCUUACCUACUCUCCUCCUGCCCCUUACCUACUCUCCUCCUGCCCCUUACCUACUCUCCUCCUGCCCCUUGCCUACUUUGCUCCUGCCCCUUGCCUACUUUCCUCCUGCCCCUUACCUACUCUCCUCCUGCCAUUGCCUACUCUCCUCCUGCCAGUUGCCUACUUUCCUCCUGCCCCUUACCUACUCUCCUCCUGCCAGUUGCCUACUUUCCUCCUGCCCCUUACCUACUCUCCUCCUGCCAGUUGCCUACUUUCCUCCUGCCCCUUACCUACUCUCCUCCUGCCAGUUGCCUACUCUCCUCCUGCCAGUUGCCUACUCUCCUCCUGCCAGUUGCCUACUUUCCUCCUGCCCCUUACCUACUCUCCUCCUGCCAGUUGCCUACUCUCCUCCUGCCAGUUGCCUACUUUCCUCCUGCCCCUUACCUACUCUCCUCCUGCCAGUUGCCUACUCUCCUCCUGCCAGUUGCCUACUUUCCUCCUGCCCCUUACCUACUCUCCUCCUGCCAGUUGCCUACUUUCCUCCUGCCCCUUACCUACUCUCCUCCUGCCAGUUGCCUACUUUCCUCCUGCCCCUUACCUACUCUCCUCCUGCCAGUUGCCUACUCUCCUCCUGCCAGUUGCCUACUCUCCUCCUGCCCCUUACCUACUCUCCUCCUGCCAGUUGCCUACUUUCCUCCUGCCCCUUACCUACUCUCCUCCUGCCAGUUGCCUACUUUCCUCCUGCCCCUUACCUACUCUCCUCCUGCCAGUUGCCUACUCUCCUCCUGCCAGUUGCCUACUCUCCUCCUGCCAGUUGCCUACUUUCCUCCUGCCCCUUACCUACUCUCCUCCUGCCAGUUGCCUACUCUCCUCCUGCCAGUUGCCUACUUUCCUCCUGCCCCUUACCUACUCUCCUCCUGCCAGUUGCCUACUUUCCUCCUGCCCCUUACCUACUCUCCUCCUGCCAGUUGCCUACUCUCCUCCUGCCAGUUGCCUACUUUCCUCCUGCCCCUUACCUACUCUCCUCCUGCCAGUUGCCUACUUUCCUCCUGCCCCUUACCUACUCUCCUCCUGCCAGUUGCCUACUUUCCUCCUGCCCCUUACCUACUCUCCUCCUGCCAGUUGCCUACUCUCCUCCUGCCAGUUGCCUACUCUCCUCCUGCCAGUUGCCUACUUUCCUCCUGCCCCUUACCUACUCUCCUCCUGCCAGUUGCCUACUCUCCUCCUGCCAGUUGCCUACUUUCCUCCUGCCCCUUACCUACUCUCCUCCUGCCAGUUGCCUACUUUCCUUCUGCUCCCGCCUACUCUCUUCCUGCUCCCUCCUUUCUUUUGCCCCCUUCAUUGUGUCCCUCCAUCUUCCUCCUCAUCGUUCCCCAACGCAGUGGGCAGUGCUAGCACCCAUGUCAAACCGCAAUGCCACGUCACCAUUCAUGGAGGAGGUGUACGGGGUGAUCAACAGCCUGCCAGUCCGCGUGAUACCCUCUUCUCACCCGCUUCUUCCCUCCCUCCAUCUCUGCACAUCCCUCCUCUACCGCAGUGGGCAGUGCUAGCGCCCAUGUCAAACCGCAAUGCCACGUUACUUGUUAUGGAGGAGGUCGUGCUGCUAGUGGCACCAACCUCUCUCUCUUCCCCUCCCUUCCAUCCUUGCAUCGCAAUCGAAUGUUUCUCCCCACCACAGUGGGCAGUGCUGGCCCCAAUGUCUGAUCGCAACGCCACGUCACCAUUCAUGGAGGACGUGUACGGGGCCAUCAACAGCCUAGAACCGCAACGCCACGUCGCCAUUCAUGGAGGAGGUGUACGGGGCCAUCAACAGUCUGCUGGUGGCACAAUUGUGUCCUCUCCCCCCCUUCCCGCUCCCACAACAGUGGGCAGUUCUGGCUCCAAUGUCAGACCGCAACGCCACGUCGCCAUUCAUGGAGGAGGUGUACGGGGCCAUCAACAGCCUGCUGGUGGCACAAUUGUGUCCUCUCCCCCCCUUCCCGCUCCCGCAACAGUGGGCAGUUCUGGCUCCAAUGUCAGACCGCAACGCCACGUCGCCAUUCAUGGAGGAGGUGUACGGGGCCAUCAACAGCCUGCUGGUGGCACAAUUGUGUCCUCUCCCCCCUUCCCGCUCCCACAACAGUGGGCAGUUCUGGCUCCAAUGUCAGACCGCAACGCCACGUCGCCAUUCAUGGAGGAGGUGUACGGGGCCAUCAACAGCCUGCUAGACGAGCUCGACUCCGUGCUGGGGCGGUGGCCGCAGUACACCCUUCUAGUGGAGGAGCUGUUAGACGAGCUUGACUCCGUGCUGGGGCGGUGGCCGCAGUACACACUGCUGGUGGAGGAGCUGGGAGUGUAUCUCAACACCAUCGAGCGAAUGCUUGAGACCCUCCGCCCAACAGUGGAGCUGCGCAUGCGCAAGUGGGUCGCCAACACUCCCCUUCUCAUCCUCUCCCCCCCUUCCCUCUGCUCUGCAUUUCUCUGUCCCUCCCCCUCAGCUGGGCGUGUAUCUCAACACCAUCAAGAGAAUGCUCGAAACGCUCCUGCUGCUGGCGCCGCUGCUGCCGCUGCUGCUGCCAUGCUAGGGGCGGCGGCUAAGAGAGUGGCUGCUGCUGCUGCUGGGGGAGGGGGAGGGGGAGGGGGGGGAGGUGGGGGAGGCGGAGGGGGGGGAGGUGGGGGAGGCGGAGGGGGGGUUGGUGUAGGGGGACAGGGGGGGAUUGGCGGAGCUGGGAUGGGGGGAGGUGCUGGUGGGGGGAGUGUAUGGGGGGAGGCUGCGGGGGGAAGGGGGAGGGGGCAGGGAGGCGGAGUGGCGGAGGCAGGGGGGAUGGGGGGAGCAGGGGGGGCAGGGGGAGCGGGGGCAGGGGGCGUGGCGGGGGGAAGGGAGGUGCUAUUCGGGGAGAUGCUGAGUGAGGUGACUGUGGAGCUAAGGACAACUUACAGGGCGACCCUGCAGGGUGUGGUGGAGAAACUAUAUGAGAAUACCCAGCUGGGUCGAACCACAUCAUUGAAGCGAGUGCUCAAGGAGGUGCGGCCACAGGCAGGUGACGACAUGACGUCCAAGCUGCAGCCGCUGUCCGCGCUCAUCGGCUCUCUGCUGGCUCAAGCUGACGCAGUGUUGAGCAGCCGUGUCUUCGUGGGCACGGCGAGGGGCCUGUGGGACCGGCAUGGGAGGGAGGUGUUGCACUUCCUGGAGAAGCGGAGGGAGGGAGUGUCGUGGUUCAAGAGUGCCUCCGCUGCUAUCACACUCGAUACUCUGGAUAACUUGUUCACUCAGCAGAUGCAGCGCCUGCAGGGCCACUCUCUCAUGGAGAGGGACCUGGAGCCGCCUCGAGCCAUCUGUGAUGCCCGUGGGGUGCUGUCUAAGGGGGGCGCUCCUGCUGCCACUGCUAGAGUGCACGACUCCCUCUCCCUUUAUUAA